UCAUGCCUCAGUGUUCUUUCAGUAAUUUCACUCUGAAAUUCAAUAAUUUAUGUUACUAAGCCCAUCAUUUAAAAGCUUAUUUUGUUUAUUUGUUAUGAGUAGACCUGGGCAAAGUACCUAUUUGACCGCAUUGAACCAUUUAGAUGGCAGUAAAAUUCCUGCAGUUUACUGACAUUUGAAAGUAUCAGUAUGAUUUACAAAAUCUAUAUAUGAUUUAUGUGAUUUUGAUUAUUUGUUUUGGUUAGUAACAUGUUUUGCUGAAAAAUGUCAAGCAUUUACAGGAAUACUUUAUUUUGAUUGACAUCUGUUGACUGAUGUAACAAAAGGUUAAUGCAGUUUUGUAGAUACUAUUUUUGACUGUUUACGAGAAUGUUUGAAUCCUUCUACAGACAAUUGAGAGCAUUUUUCCUGGAGUAGAUGCACAGUCUGAAUAAGUCACCUCCUUCUGGGAGACUCUUGGCAUUCCAUUUGCUCUAUGGUGAUGUGUCAAAUGCAACUCGACAUGCAUUUGUUCUGAAUGUCAUGCAUGUUCUGGAUGAGAAAAGGAACAAACUACUUGUAGCUGGAUGCUGUUGUACAUUUAAAGCAUAUGCAUGUUAGUGUUAUACUCCCCAAUUUCUAUCAGCAGUUUCACCUCUCCAGUCAGUGAUGAGCCUCCCAAACUUGUACAAGGGGCACCGCAACUGAAGUCACUCUGGAGCAUAAAGGCCAAUGUACUUAAACUCCAUAAAGGGCUCUUCACUCAAUAUCUAAAACAGACAUACUACUGGGAUAUACUGAGGUAUACUACUCAACCCGUUAAACCCAAGAAGUAAUUUUGAUUAACUGUAAAAUCUACAAAUUUUGUUCUUACAGUCAUGGAAAUAGAUGCUGGUGUUCCUCUUUCAUGAGGAAAACAGUAGGGAUGGAUUGGAUGUAUUCAUGACAGCCCUCUUAUAUUCUACAGUGCUUUAAUCCUGGAAAACAAACCCAUAAGAAAAGUUUUAUUUUAGGUCAGAGCCCAAAGCUGCAGCAAAUUUGAAGCCCAGAAUUUUGCAGCCAUUAGUAAAGGAUUCAAGGAGGGGAGGUUGCUUCUAGAACAGGAGGCUAUUUUAUGUCAUACUGCUUUGACAGAGAACAGUUUAUCUCCAAAUGCAUCAUAGGAUGGAGCUACUCAUCCCUCUCCAAUCAGUGCACUCUGUUUUCAUCUGUAUCCAGAACAAUAUUCCUGCCAUAGUUCUAUGCCUGGUUGCAGGCCACACGGUUGUGGCUGAAGAUGGUAGUUCUUGAUAAUGAACAUUGUGAUUGUUCAUCAGGGUCUGGGCUGAAUGGCUGGCUUUCUUCUCAGAUUAUGCUAGCCUCACACCCAGGUUAUGUGUGGUUGGCAUUUAUGAUAAACACCAAGGCUGCACCUAUCCGAAUAUACCUUAGUGAUUGUUGUCAAAGACCACAGUCCAAUUAGCAGUUGCUAGAGGAAAUACAGUCAAUUGCUGUGAAGUCUUUGAUUGCUCACAGGUCAAAAAUGGUGAGCAGGUUUUUUAAAACUGUGUUUGCUGAUUAGCCAGGCUGUAGCAUCAUCUCACUUGUUAUCACUGUAGUCAUAUAUCUGAAAUUCUGUGCGAGAAACUAGUAGAUCCUUGUAUUGCUGCUACAUCUGGAAUAUGACAGGGCUUCCCAGCGUCUACUGUCCCAAGUGGUACUGAUUUGGCAUUUUCUUAAAAUAAAUACAUAAAUAAAUAAACAAACAGUGUAUUUUUGGGAAAAAAAAGCAUGGGUCUGUAAACUGUUUUAGAUACUUGCGCGUGAGCAUAAUUAAUAUUAUUAGAGAGAAGGAUAGUUUUCUUUGAUUGUUAUUCAAGAGUAUUAUCCACUGACAGUGAUAAACCAGCCUGUCUUUCAAAUGUUGAGGUUUACUAUUAUUUUGAAUUCUGGCAUUUGGUUGAGUUAUAAAGCAUCACAAGCAAGUCUGCUUAAUUCGGAUAGAACAGUUAAUUUGCUUUAUAUUCUUCCAUUUAUAUGUUUACACAUUAUCUACUUAUACCAUAAGGAGAAAAACAUCUCUGAACAAAAUGUAUGCUGUAAUUGCCAAUUUAACAAUGACGGUUUCUCUGGUUGACAGUGAACUCGUUUGUGGACAGAAAUAUUUGUAGCAUUGAUAUUAGUACUAUUUUGUCCACAGUCUUGCUAUUAUCAAUGUUUUUUGCAAUCACUAGACUUCGAGAUUCAAUUUAAAAACAAAUAUAUAAUAAGCUAAUAGUUGCUUCCUUUAUAAGCAGUAUUUUGAAAACACGUUUUACUCUUUUAAAAUGCUGUAUGAUUGCAUGCUGUAGUUUAUUAAAAUAACUCAGAGUGUCGCUAUUCACCAGCUAGGGCACUUUGGGCGCACCUCUCCACCCCCUAAUGUAGUAUUCAAAGAGGUAGAAAGAGAAAUCCUUGCGACAUCACUCAUUCGCAAUAACGUUUGGAUUGUGUGCGCAAGGUCCUUCGGAUCCUUAGUAUAUGAUUUUCAGAAACAAACACUGGAUUACAGAACAAAACCCGUAAACAUGGAAUACAAAGCCCCUCUCGUUUCCCUGCUUAAAUGCUGUUGUGCUCUCGCCCUGCUUGUAAUGCCGCUAACGACCGGAGAUAUCAGCUUUUCUAUUCCGGAGGAGAUGAAACGCGGAUCAGUCAUUGGAAAUAUAGCGAAGGACAUCGGCGUGGAUGUUAAAAGUCUGGCUGUCCGACAAGCUCGUAUCGACACUGAAAGGAGCCGCCGACGUUAUUGCGACAUUGAUCUGAAUUCUGGCAAUUUGAUUGUGUUUGAAAGGAUUGACCGAGAAGCUCUUUGUGGCCAGAAGGUUUCGUGUGCUCUGAAAUUUGAGCUCGUAUUGGAGAAUCCUCUAGAAUUGCACAGUAUAUCGCUUCAUAUUCAAGACAUUAAUGACAACCUGCCACAAUUUGCAAACGACGUAAUAAAAUUGGAGAUCAGAGAAGCGGCGGAUAAAGGAGCUCGCUUUCCCUUGGAUGAGGCCCACGACGCUGAUAUAGGGCAGAACGCGGUUCAAAGCUACACGUUACAAAGGAAUGAUAAUUUUGUUUUGGACGUACAAACUAGCACCGACGGAAGGAAAUACGGCGAAUUAGUGUUAGAAAAAGAGCUAGACCGUGAAGAACAACAGGAAAUUACAUUAUUACUUACUGCGGCUGACGGUGGGACCCCGCAGAGAUCUGGUACUGUAGUUAUACACGUCACAGUGCUUGAUGCGAACGAUAACAGACCUGUGUUUAGCCAGGCAGUUUAUAAAGUCAGCCUGCCUGAAAAUUCUGCUUUAGGUGCUGUAGUGGUAACAGUCAGCGCCACUGACGCAGACGAGGGAGCCAAUGGUGAUGUGACAUAUGAAUUUGGUCGUGUUCCGAAUGAAGUGAAAAAAAUGUUUUCCCUGGAUCGUAAAACAGGACAGGUUACACUUAAUGGUGAUCUCGAUUUCGAAGAGAAUUUGAAUUACGAAAUGAGAAUUCAGGCCAAAGAUGGGUCAGGUUUAGCGUCGUAUUCAACAGUCAUUUUAGAAAUAACUGAUGUGAAUGACAACGCCCCUGAGGUAAUUUUGAAAUCUCUGAAGAAUCCCAUCCCAGAAAGCGCAGUAACUGGCACAGAGGUGGGCAUCAUUAAUGUUCAGGAUAAAGAUUCAGGGGAUAAUCGACAGGUCCGCUGUUCCAUUCAACAAAAUGUUCCUUUCAAGUUAGUCCCCUCAAUCAAAAAUUAUUACUCACUGGUAACUACAAGUGAACUAGACCGCGAACUAGUGUCUGAUUACAACAUAACAAUUACAGCUACAGACGAGGGCUCUCCACCACUGUCUUCUUCAAAAACUGUGCAGUUAUCUGUGUCAGAUGUGAAUGACAAUCCACCUACUUUUGAUGAGCAGUCGUACAGCGCCUAUGUGACUGAAAAUAACAAACCUGGCACUUCUGUCAUUGUUGUGAGGGCGAGAGACCCAGACUGGAGACAGAACGGCACGAUUUUUUAUUCUCUGUUGUCGAGUGAGGUCAGUGGUGUUCCUGUGUCUUCGUUUUUAUCGAUUAACGGAGACACCGGUGUGAUCCAUGCAGUGAGAUCAUUUGAUUAUGAGCAGUCCAGAAGCUUCAAAGUGCAGGUGGUUGCCAGAGACAACGGGUCUCCUCCACUCAGCAGUAACGUGACUGUGAGUGUGUUCAUAACUGAUGAGAAUGAUAACUCUCCACAGAUACUAUAUCCUGCGCCUCUGGGAAACUCUAUCAUGACCGAGAUGGUCCCCAAAGCUGCUCAUGCAGGCUCCCUCGUUUCCAAGGUGAUCGCUGUCGAUGCAGACUCUGGACAAAAUUCCUGGUUGUCCUAUCAGAUCCUGAAAUCGACUGAUCUGACACUUUUUACAAUUGGUCUUCACAGCGGAGAGAUCAGGACGCAGCGAGACAUUUCUCUAUCUGAUGAUAUGAAGCAAAACAUUGUUGUAUCAGUGAAAGAUAACGGACAGCCCUCUCUCUCGACAACCUGCACAGUAUACCUCCUGAUUUCGGAUAACUUGGCAGAUGUUCCAGAGCUUAAAGAUAUGUCGUAUGACGAGAACAGUUCCAAAUUAACUUCAUAUUUGAUCAUAGCGCUCGUCUCUGUGUCCACUUUCUUCCUGACGUUCAUUAUUCUUAUAAUUUCCGUGAAGUUUUGCCGUAGAAGAAACCCCAGACUGUUAUUUGACGGCGCUGUGGCCAUUCCCAGCGCAUAUUUCCCUCCCAAUUACUCAGACGUUGACGGAACAGGAACACUUCGCAGUUCUUACAAUUAUGAUGCCUACUUAACUGCUGGCUCGCGCACUAGCGACUUCAAGUUCGUCGGUUCUUCAAAUGACGCCAUACUGCCUACUGAUCUAACUCUGAAGAGGAGUCAAAAUGAAACUCUGAACGGAGAAUCAACCCUCCACAGGACAAGAGUUAACGAGUUAGAGGAAGAGAUUAAACUUGUCUCCCUUUGA